AAAGCCCGAGUGAGCGAGUCCAUGUAAUAUUUUAGGGAAGGCGAAAGCAUCCAGGCCCAAAGUCUCCGCGUCCUGGACCUCGUCGUAUGCCCUCCUAUUCUUCUUCUUCUUCUUCUUCACAACGCGCCUCUCCUCACGCCCUCACCUCGUCAUCCCUGCCACAGUCGGCGCCCAUUCUUCCCUCCGUCUCUAUGUCGUCGAUCCAGGGCAUGGUCCUCGACCUCAGUGUGACCGGGUGCAAGAAGCUGCGAGAUACGGAGUUCUUCUCACGCCAGGACCCCUACGUGAUCGUCGAGUACGCUAACACCAAGCUCCGCACAAGCACCUGCACAGAUGGGGGAAGGAACCCGUCCUUUGACGAGAAGUUCCAUAUACCACUCAUCGAGGGGCUCCGUGAGCUGAAUGUCCUCGUCUGGAACAGCAACACUAUAAACAAGGAUGUCUUCAUUGGCAGCUGCAAGGUGCCACUAAACAAGGUGCUCGCAUGCGGCUAUGAUGACGCCUCAUGGCCCCUCCAGACACGCCGUAUGAAGUCUGCCGGGGAAGUGAAACUCAUUAUGCAAUUUGAUGUCGCAGCAAUGCAGAACAAGAUGGGGGGUCAUUGUGCUCCUUCAGUGCCACCACCGUCGCCAUACGCUGCCUCUUCGGCUUAUUCAUACCCAUCACCUUCAGCAUAUCCGGCAACACCCCCACAUCCAGCUUAUCUGACCCCUGGCCAUGCACCAUAUCCAGCUCCUUAUGCAUACUCAGCUCCGCCACCCCAGCAACAGUACCCGCACCAUGGAUAUCCUCCUACGAGUCACCCUCCACAGCCGUACGUGAAACCAUGCCCGCCGCAGCCAUAUGGGCAACCUAACCCACCGCAUCCAUAUGGGCAACCCUACCCGCCACAGCUAUACGGGCAACAAUACCCGCCGCCGUCACCAACACAAUCACUGUAUCCACCUUCGCCUUACCACGGAGCUUAUCCACCACCGCCGUAUUGAUAUACCAGCUUCAGUGACCUAGCGUGUGGAGGGCUGGAGGCAUCAUAACGCUGAGCCUGCUUCAUAUGGAUCACAAGUCUACUGAAGGUCACUUAGUCCAACGGAUACAAAAUGAAAUAAAAGCCUCCCUUGAGUGAAUUUUACCACAAUCCUAGCAAUCAUCAGAAACAUUUACUCUCCUGAUAUGCAUCAUAUAAAUAACUCGCAGAGCUUUGUGACAAAGUCAGUUCUAUAAUGUGGGUUUGCCAACAUAGCCGUCAGUAUUGCUACAUUUGUAUGUCAUGGUAGAUUGUUUUGCCUGCAAGGCUGUAAAUAUAUGGCGCUACUUGCUUGACUGUGAGCAAACAGAAUUAUUUUCAACCAGUUGGAGAUGGUGCUUGUGACGCCGCAAAAUCGGUACCAUGAGAAUUUCAGCGAUCUCUCCGAGAUCCGCACGGUAACGACUUGGAGAUGCCCACCAACACCUCAUGCACGUCGAAACAUACACGCGAUGCCGGUGGGAGCGGUCAGCAGCAGUUACAUUACAACAGGUCUACAAUAGAGCCCAAACCUAUAUUGCAACAACGACCCCAACGCGUCAAGAAUACCAAUUUACAAUACAAACAUCUGAAUCAUACAGAAAGACAACAUGCCCGAGUACGGACAAGAGUAUAAAUUAGACUAAGAGUUAUGAAGGUAACCAAGGGCGUUAAUAACUCUACC